GGGAGGGGGCUGGGAUGCAGCCUGAUGGUGGGGUCCACCUGCAUACCAUGAGCUAGAGAAGGAAACAGAGAGCUGGGCUCUACCAAGCCUUCCCCUGGGCACUGGGAGCCCCUGGCUCAGUGCUCACACUAAGCUCAGGUGUUCUCUGUCCAGGCCUUCCAGCUUGGCUGCCUGAAGUAAAGGCACAUCUUGCCCAAGAUCAGAGCAGUCAUAGAACAGCAGAGUCCUGUACUUCACCUUCCUCCUCUGCUGGACUCCACUCUGAGUCCUAUGACUCCUGCUUCUUUCUGCUUCUCUCCAGGACUGGUCAGUAGGCUCCUUCUGCUCUCCCAUGUCCUCCCACCCCCCAGCCUGCAGUGAUACAGUUACCUCAGAACUGAAAUAUUCCUGGAAACACCGGCCUCGUCUGGUUAAUUUCACGAGCCGUUUUUCUGCCCAGAUGACUUAGCUUUUGUUUAUCCAAAGGCUUCUUCUCCCCCUGUUGUCCCUGUGUAAGGAGCUAUUCUCCCCAGGGAUGUCCCACAGGGCCCAGAAAGGGAGGGGGAAACAAGCUUCAGGCUGGGCUCCUGACUAUACCUCCUGAUAUGGGACAGACAGAGCCUAGUCCAGGAUUCCGGAUGACAGGGCUGCCUCUGGCAGGGUGGGGUGAAGAGGUUAGCCAAACCUCCAGUUUAUGCUUUGGCAGAACUUUGGCAAUGCCACUAACUUCCAGCAAAAUCAUACUUUAUCCUAAAAGCUGUUUCGAGGCUGGAAGGGCCACUGCUAAACUCAUCAUGGUUCUAGUCUCUAAAACUAACCCUAUAUGAUACCCACAGGAUCCUACAGGGGACUUAGCCAGAUGCCCAGGGCUUGGUACAGAAGAGGAGAACUUGGACAUAUUUGGGGAUUCAAUAAUCAGGGAAUAGAAAGGAAAACAAGAGUUAGGUAAGAACUAGGGAUGGAAAGAACCAAGAAAGGAGAGAGGACAGUGGAGUGUUUGCCCAUGGAGCAGUUAAUUGUCUAAUCCUGCUGUUUGAAAACAUGUGAACUUGCACACAUACAUAUGCAGACAUGCUCAUGAGCAUUGUGUGCGCGCGCGCGCGCACACACACACACACACACAAGCUAAGGUCCUUUCAUUCCAAAGACAAGGUCCCUGUGAUGGGAUAACCACUCUUCCCAUGCUCCACCUGCAAAGCACCCGAGCAUCUGUACUGAGUACCUGUGCCACAGCAAAAGUCUCAGCUGCCUCCUGUAUUCUACAGUCCCAGAUAGGGACUCGUGGGGGAUGUUAGCUUGCCUAUGCACGGUGCUGUGGCACCUCCCUGCAGUGCCAGCUCUUAAUCGCACAGGAGAUCCAGGGCCUGGCCCCUCCAUUCAGAAAACUUAUGACCUCACCCGCUACCUGGAGCACCAACUCCGCAGCUUGGCUGGGACCUAUCUGAACUACCUGGGGCCCCCUUUCAAUGAGCCUGACUUCAAUCCUCCUCGGUUGGGGGCAGAAACCCUGCCCAGGGCCACUGUCAACUUGGAAGUGUGGCGAAGCCUCAAUGACAAACUGCGGCUGACCCAGAACUAUGAGGCCUACAGCCACCUCCUGUGUUACUUGCGUGGCCUCAACCGUCAAGCUGCCACAGCAGAACUACGACGCAGCCUGGCCCAUUUCUGUACCAGUCUCCAGGGCCUGCUGGGCAGCAUUGCAGGUGUCAUGGCAGCUCUUGGUUACCCACUGCCCCAGCCUCUGCCAGGGACUGAGCCAGCCUGGGCCCCUGGCCCUGCCCACAGUGACUUCCUCCAGAAGAUGGAUGACUUCUGGCUGCUGAAGGAGCUGCAGACCUGGCUGUGGCGUUCAGCCAAGGACUUCAACCGGCUUAAGAAGAAGAUGCAACCUCCAGCAGCUUCAGUCACCCUGCACUUGGAGGCCCAUGGCUUCUGAUCUCUGAGAUCUCUGACCCUUAACUGUCCCCAACCCCCUACCCCAGUCAGCUGUGCUUCUAUUCUGGGGUGAAAAAAACCUGUAUACCAACAUUUGUUGAGCCAGGAAACAGACAGUGGGAACUCUAUCCUCCUCUGCCUUGGAUGGGGAGUAUAACUCAAUAAGCCCUGUCCCCUCACUAGCUCCUAGAGUCCUAGGGUCUGGAGAAAAGGUUAAGUGGGCAUCAUCCUAUUCCCAUGGAGUUAAGACUUGAGGGAGUCACGAAUGGCUCAGGUGGGUAUAAAGGUGCUCCUGCCUCCUGCUUUCCGCUCAACACUUGCCAGUGCCCACUCAGUUCCUCAUGUGGCACUUGCAGAAACACACCUGGAGGGCAUGGGUGGGGCCACUGUUGCAUGUGCCUUUCUGGGGUAAAGCCCCUUGGCUUCCCUCCCUUUCCUUGGAUGGGUGUUGCUCCCCUACCCCAAUAAUUACAUAUCCAGUUCAGGAAACAAGGUAACCAGUCUAAAGAAGGGUGUGAUAGAGUGGAGGGGUAGGGUCUGUGCCGGAGAUGGCCUAGAAACCAGAGGAUGGAAUACUAAGAGAGAAGGGCACGGGCAGACCAGACCCAGCAGUUGCCAAGGCAAUUGGUGGCACAAGCAGAAAACAAAAGCCAUGUUGAGCAUCAGGACCUCGCCUUGAAUUUUCUUGCCGGCAUCUCAGUGCCUCCUCUCUGCCCCCUUUCCCAGGGUAUCUGUGGUUGCCUGGGCUGGGGAGGGCAGCCACAGCCACAGCCACAGGGUUUCCUGAAAGUUUACAUUGCGGUAGCAUUGUGGGGUGAGGGGGAUGGCUCCCCCAGGCCCUAUUCCCCAGCCCCACCCACUCAUGACUCUAAGUUUGUUGUAUUAAUAUUUAUUUAUUUGGAGAUGUUAUUUAUUAGAUGAUAUUUAUUGCAGAAUUUCUAUUCUUGUAUUAACAAAUAAAAUGCUUUCCCCAGAA